UCAAAGAAAAUGAUUUCUAGCUGAGGAGCCUUGGCCAGGGACACACACAUCAGUGAGCCUCUUAGAAGAGCAGGGUUUCCUCCAUCAGUUCUGACCAAACACCCAUUUCCAGAGCAGAAACAGGUGGGAGACAAGAAUCCACUGGCCUCCUGUGUGCAGCAACAAAGAAGGGAAACGCUACACAGCCAGGCACUAUCUGAGGACUCUGUCCUCAUGGGAAAACUACAGUCCAAAGAGGCAAGGGACAAAAAGAAGGCUCAGCAUGAGGGUCAAUGUUUCAUCCUCAACACAAGGAAGCUGAUGGACCUGGAGCUGAAAGGGAACAAAGCCCAGGCAAAGAAAGACUUAAUGGUCUUAGAAUCUUCUUCAAAUACAAGUGACCGUGAAUGGAUAAAUACCGGAGAAAUUUCGAACACAGACUCUUGGAGACACUCUAAGAUCUCAGAGAAGAAUCUUGAUAAAUGGGAAGAUGAGGACUCUGGAUUCAGAAGCAGAGGAAUCAUUUCAGAAGAACAUCCGAGUGAAAGAAGAGAGAAUCUUUACCAAACAAAGUCCUUGGAAACAGAGGGUUUGCUCCAAAAUUUCACACAGCUACUACUACUACAAAAAUCUUGCCCAAGAAGCCAGGAGACCUUGGUCAGGGAAAGCUGGCAUCAAGGUGUAGCAGAGAAGAGAGGACAUCUGAUUGAGAUCCAAGACUUAUUUCAUCCAAGCCCAGAUAUGCAGGAAGAUCCUCAUCUAGUCAUAUUAGAGGGAGCUGCUGGGAUUGGGAAGUCAACACUGGCCAGGCGGGUGAGGAGAGCAUGGGAGGAAGGACAGCUCUACAGGGAUCGCUUCCAGCAUGUCUUCUACUUCAGCUGCAGAGAGCUGGCCCAGUGUGAAGAGCUGAGUCUGGCUGAGCUCAUAACAAAAGACCAGAUUGUACCUACAGCUUCCAUCGGGCAGGUCCUGUCUCACCCUGAGAAGCUGCUCUUCAUCCUGGAUGGCAUAGAUGAGCCAGCAUGGGUCUUGGAGGAGCAGAAUCCUGAGCUCUGUCUGCACUGGAGCCAGCCACAGCCUGUGUACAGACUGCUGGGCAGUUUGCUGGGGAAAUCCAUACUUCCUGGAGCUUCCUUACUACUCACAGCUAGGACCACAGCUCUCCAGAAGUUCAUUCCUUCCUUGGAGCAGCCACAUUGGGUGGAAGUCCUGGGUUUCUCUGAGUCUGGACAGAAGGAAUAUAUCUACAGAUAUUUUUCAAAGAAAAUAGAAGCAAUUAAAGCUUUUAACUUGGUUGACUCAAACCCAGUGCUCUCAACACUGUGUCUGGUGCCCUGGGUGACCUGGCUGGUCUGCACUUGCCUGAAACAGCAGAUGGAGCAGGGAAGAGACCUCUCACUGACCUCACAGACCACCACAGCUCUCUGCCUGAAAUACCUUUUCCAGACAUUUCCAGAGUGUACCCUAGAGACACAGCUCAGAGGACUCUGCUCACUGGCUGCUGAGGGGAUCUGGAGAAGAAGGACUCUGUUCAGUAAGAGAGAUCUCUGGGAACAUGGGUUAUCUGAGGAUAUCGCUGCCCUUUUCCUGAAGAUGGGAGUCCUUCAAAAGCAGCCCAGUUCUUUGAGCUAUAGCUUUGCCCACUUGUGUCUCCAGGAGUUCUUUGCAGCAAUGUCCUGCAUCUUGGGGAAUAAUGAGGAGAAACAUGGUGAUACGGAAAUCUACAGAAUUGUGGAAACACUGAUAGAAGUGUAUGGAAGGCAAAACCUGUUUGAGGCACCCACCAUACACUUCCUGUUUGGCCUUUUGGGUAAACAAGGGGUAAACAAAACGAGGAAGAUCUUAACCACCCGCUUACAUCUGCACAGUUUAUGGGAAAUGCUGGAUAAAGCCAGGGCAUUGCCCCAGCACCAACAUCUCUAUUCUACAGGAUUGUUUCAUUGUUUUUAUGAGACUCAGAAUGAAGAGUUCCUGACACAGGUGAUGCACAAUCUUCAAGAAAAAGAGGUGUGUGACCCGACAGAUAUGACACACUCAGUGUUCAAGACAAAUGUGAUGACAGAUGUGGAGCUCAUGGUGGUCACUUUCUGCCUUAAGUACUGCCACCAUGUGAAGAGGCUUCAGCUGAAUUGGGAUGGAUAUCAGGGACAAACCCUGAAAGCCCCCAGGAUGGUUCUGUACAAGUGGAACCCUAUCACAGAUACCAGUUGGAAGAUUCUGUUCUACACUCUUGAGUUCACAGGAAACCUGAAGGAACUGGACCUAAGUGGAAAUCCAGUGAGCCUCUUUGCACUGCAUAGACUUUGUAAGACCCUGAGAUGCCCUGGAUGUCAUCUUAGAGGAUUGUGGCUUGUCAACUGUGGCCUCACAUUCAGACACUGUGUGGACCUGGCCUCAGUGUUCAAGGCUAGCACUAGCCUGCUUAUGCUAGACCUGCAGCUGAAUGACCUGGGAGACCUUGGUGUAAGGAUGCUGUGUGAAGGCAUAAGGAGUCGGAAAUGCAACCUCAGCAUCCUGCGACUGGACCAGGCCCCUCUCAGUGACCAGGUGAUGAUGGAGCUCAGGGCUCUGGAGGUGAAGAAUCCACGGCUGCUUAUCUCCAGCACAUGGAAGCCACUUGUGAUGGAUCCUAAGAGCAUGGAUGGAGAAGAAAUGGAUGAUAACCCAAACUCAUUUAAGUGGCAGAGACUACAGGGAGAGUCCUUCCAUCCUUCUGCUCCUGACUCUCCAAGAGACAAGCACCUGGAACUACUGGGAACUGAAGAUGACUUCUGGGGCCCUACAGGGUCUGUGGCUACUGAGGUGGUUGACAGAGAGAGGAACCUGUACCGAGUUCAGUUCCCUGUGCCUGGUUCCUACUACUGUCCCAACACAGGACUCCGCUUUGUGGUGAAAAGGGCAGUGACCAUUGAGAUUGGAUUCUGUGUCUGGAGCCAAUACCUGGACAAGACUCCCUUGAAGCACCGUUACAUGGUGGCUGGGCCUCUGUUUGACAUCAAGACUAAGCAGGGAGUUGUGACUGCUGUGUACCUCCCUCAUUUUGUGGAUCUCCAAGAGCAACAGGUGGGCAUCUCCCGGUUCCAUGUGGCCCACUUUAAAAAACAUGGGAUGGUCCUAGAAACGCCCACCAGAGUGGAGCAUCAUUAUGUAGUGCUGGAAAACCCAAGCUUCUCCCCAGUGGGAGUUCUAAUGAGAAAGAUUCCUACUUUGGGACGCUUCAUCCGAAUCACUUCCAUCACAUUGAUCUACUAUCACCUCAGUCUCAAAGAUGUGACAUUUCACCUUUACCUGGUCCCUAAUGACUGCACCAUUCGGAAGGCCAUUGAUGAGGAGGAAAUGAAAUUCUAUUUUGUUCGAAUAAACAAGCCGCCCCCAAUAGACUCUCUUUACAUUGGCUCCCGCUACAUCCUAUCUGGUUCCAAGAAGCUGGAAAUCAUCCCAAAGGAACUAAAGCUGUGCUACCGGAACCCUGGAGAAUCACAGCUCUUCUCUGAGAUCUUUGUUGGCCGCAUUGGUUUGGGGAUUAAGCUGCAAAUCAGAGACAAGAAGCAUAUGAAUCUCAUAUGGGAAGCCUUCCUAAAACCAGGGGACCUCAGACCUGUACUGCCCAUGAUUCCUGCAGCCCACAAAGAUGCCCCUGCCUUGCCACACUUCCUGGACCAGCAUCGGGAGCAGCUGGUGGCCCGAGUGACAUCAGUGGACCCUGUGUUGGACAAGCUGCAUGGUCAGGUGCUGAGUGAAGAGGAGUAUGAGGCAGUGCGGGCUGAAGCCACCAACCAAGACAAGAUGAGGAAGCUCUUCAGCUUCAGCCGGUCCUGGACCAGGGUCUGCAAAGACCAAGUCUACCGAGCUCUGAAGGACACCCAUCCUCACCUCAUCGUGGAACUCCUUGAGAAGUCCAGCGGGAUCUCUGUGGAAUCUUGACAUCUUAGUGGCUGAGGGGUGAGCACUCUCUUUUGAGUGCUAGCUCUGCCUGUCUUUCCUUUGGCCCUCAGUUCUUCCAUCUAAAACCAAUGGCCAUCUGAGUUGCCUUUCUGAUAACACUGUUUCAAGAACACUUCUUGAGGACUCAGAUGUUCCCUCUUGGCUCUCACCUGCCAGAUGUUCAUGUGGGAUGAACAUCUCAGUAAACAUCCAGUGUAGCCAGCAAGUCUGUUCAGGCUUUGUCCAGCCUCACAUGCACUUGACCCACAGAUACAGACAGGACUGGGAAGCAUGGGAAUUCCGGAAGACAAAGAGACAGUACCUUUCCCUGGAGAAUGACUGUCAUAUCAAUAUGGGAAAGGAAGGGAGCUUCUCAAACACUUUCCACCCCUUUUUCCCAAAUAAUUUGAAUAUAACUCUGUGUGUGUGUGUGUGUGUGUGUGUGUGUGUGUGUG